AUGACUCCCAUGACUAAGAUAUUGAAUAUCCGGUUCUCAGGCCGUGAGCUGCUUACCGGUCUACCGGAGUAUCGGAACGGCGGACUCUUGAUCGAUAUGGGGCAGCCAAACGUGGAGGUAGUCCCACUGUUCAGUCCUGAUGAUGAUGUCAUCGUGGAAUGGAGAGCUCUCACCGUUGGCUUCUUGGACCAGUUGCUGGCAGAAGUAAACAACCUCCUGGAACUGAAGGACGGACAACAACUCUGUCUCGCUCAGAUGCUCGAGGCGGGUUCAUGGAAGGGCGGACGAGAGAUUGCCGAAGUCUCCAGGCCGAACACUAAGCAGCCUCCUAUCAUGAUCAUAUCGGACGGUACUGUCUUUUAA